AAUCUGCUCGACAUGGGGGCAGCGCCAAGUGUUGGGAAAGGGGGGAGAAGGAUUGUUGGAUGGAUGAGUUGUGGGGCUUGUGUUUGUGGCUGGAUUCGGAGGGAGGCAGGGAGGGGGGCGAGGGGCCGAACCUAGACGUUGAAGUGGCAGAAUUGUGAGGAGAAUUGGAUUUUUCUUGCUCCGUUUGCCCUUCGAUCCCGUGUCCCCGUCGGCUGCUGCUGCUGCUGCUCUCGCUGCGACGACCACCGAGACGAUGAUGGAGGUGACGUUGACAAUUGGAUGAGGAUUCGAUUCCGCUCGCUUUUAGGAAGGGAUAGAUUUCUGGUCGGUCGGAGUGUUGGCAGGAUUUGGGGUGUUCACGCAGCCUGGCUUGAGAAAAUUGGGUCGGUUUUGAUUUGAGAGGGCGCGAACGAGCGAGCGAACGAAGUCUUUUUCAGGUUUCCGAUGUCCGCAAUGGGGACUGUUCCCCAUGGGAUUUUCGCCCAGCAUCUUUGUCCGAAUUCUGUGAAGGGAAUCGAGGAAUUGGGGUCGGGACGCCGGCGGAUUGUGGGAGCACAAUUGGCCAAUUUGAGGACUCACAAUGCGGCGAUCAAGCGAGUCGGUGCUUCUCGAAGGUUAAGGGGCUGUGGGACCAAGCGCGGUGAUCAAAAUCGGAACGUUCAGCUCUCCACCCGUUGUACUAUAGAGCCCCGCGAAGGCAUCAGGAAUUUUGCGCCUGUGGUAGAGCCACAGAGUGUUGCAGUUCCAGGAUCGGGCGAGUGGAAAAAUGUUACAGAUAUCUGGAGAACAGCGGUGGAGAAGUUUGGUGACCAUGUAGCUCUAAACGAUCCGCAUCAUGAUCCUCCCACGAAAUUGACAUUUAAGGAGGCAUAUCAAGAAAUUUUGGACUUCUCAGAGGGACUUCGAGUUUACGGCUUGAAGCCGAGUCAGAAAGUGGCCUUGAUAUCCGAGAAUUCAUACCGAUGGCUGAUCGCGGAUCAAGGAAUUUUGUCAGCUGGGGCAGUAAACGCAGUAAGAGGAACUCGAUCAUCGCCCCAGGAGCUCUGUGGAGUGAUUACUCACUCGGACAGUGUGGCGCUCGUGGUGGAUACUCCUGAAACGUAUAACAAGUUGGCAUCCCACCUUCAAGUCUCUUUGAUGUUCGUGGUCGUUCUUUGGCCCUCCAAAUCGGCAAACGGACAUGGGAGCGCACCAUCAGGCACACCGACGUACACUUACGACGACCUUAUCAAAACCGGGCGCACCAGCCUGUCUAGAAGAUAUAUCAGUAAGGAAAGCGCACCAUCGGACUCACGCAUGUACACGGUUGAUGGUUUCAACAGUCCUGGGUUUACCAGCCCCCAAGCUCCAUCGGACGCCAGUAAAUCUACAGACUUGGCCACUAUCGUGUACACAAGUGGGACAUCGGGCAGUCCGAAGGGAGUCAUGCUGUCACAUGCGAAUCUGCUUCACCAGAUCGUCAAUUUGCCCGAGGUGGUGAAACCAGUCCCAGGGGAGAUUUUUCUCAGUCUGUUACCCCCUUGGCACAUGUACGAGCGAUCUGCAGAGUACUUCGUCCUAUCACAAGGUGUUUGUGUCGUAUAUACGUCCACUAAGCGUUUCAAGGUCGACUUGGCCAGAUAUCCCACGGAUUUCUUCGUCGCCGUACCCCUAGUAUUUAGUACGAUGUACAGUGCGAUUAUGACGCAAAUUGCCAACGGGAGUGCGGUGAAAAAGGCGAUUGCCAUGACGCUUAUCGCUGCAAGCCUAAAGUACAAGCAAAUGGAAAAACUUAUUGACGGUCGAGCUUUGGCAUACGCGCGUGUAGAGCAGUCUUCUGGAGCAGCUAAGACACAGUGGCUAAUAGCAUCCUUUAUGCUUCUAAUUUUAUGGCCUUUACACAUUUUGGCACAAAAGAUAGUAUUUUCGAAAAUAUUGGCAUCCAUUUGCAUAAAGAAGGCUGCCAUUAGUGGAGGUGGAAGUCUUCCUAGUCACAUCGAUAAUUUUUUUGAGGCCGUUGGAAUAACCGUGUUAAAUGGAUAUGGCCUCACUGAGACGUCGCCAGUUGCUGCUGCCAGGGUGGCUCAAAAUAAUGUCCUUGGGUCUGUAGGGCGCCCUAUAGCAAAGACUGAGAUCAUUGUUGUAAAUCCCCUCACCGGCAAGAGGAUGCCACCUGGUGAGAAGGGCAUUGUGAAGAUUCGAGGUCCACAAGUUAUGAAAGGAUAUUACAAGAAUCCGGAGGCCACAGAAAAAGCCAUAGACAAAGAUGGAUACUUUGACUCAGGUGACAUAGGCUGGAUAGCUCCGUUCCAUGAAGUGGGUGCCGCUAGAAAAUGUGGAGGAGUUUUGGUACUGGAUGGUAGAGAAAAGGACACGAUUGUGUUGUCUUCAGGAGAAAAUAUUGAGCCAACUCAGAUUGAGGAAAUUGCCCUGCAGAGUUUGUAUGUGAACCAGAUUAUGGUUGUUGGUCAGGAUGAGCGUCGGUUGGGAGCUUUGAUUGUUCCCAACCGAGACGAAGGUUUGGUAGGAAUUUUGUCAGAGGAGGAAUUGGAACAGAAGAUCCGUCAAGACUUAAACAAACUUGCUCCUCAAAUGCAGUGUCCGAUAGGACCGUUCAAGCUUAUUGACGAGCCUUUCUCGGUAGAGAAUGGCUUGCUCACUCCGACGUUGAAGAUGAAGCGAGGUGUGAUAUACGACAAUUAUAGCAAAGACAUUGCUGAUUUAUAUCCAAGUAGGAAGUAAGUGAACUUCACUCCGUGAAGAUGUACAGAUAGGGUUCUUCAUGCCCUCAACAGCUUGAAAAGCAUGAAUUGUGGAAGGUUCCCAUGAAUGUGGUGCUGUUGAGCUUCGGGAGUAAAUCUUGUUUAGUUGCCACUUCUAAUUCUACUUGUACAUUAUGGCAGCAAACUAUGAACAUGUGUUGAGUACUCUUGUGUAUCAUCUGUACAUAUUUAGAAUGUAUAUACAGUGGUUAUGUAUGUACAAAGUGGUAAUAAAUGAUUCGUUUCUCGCC